AAUCCUUGUAAAUGCCACGGUGGCACUGUACUAUUCUAGAAGCGUCCACACCAGAAAAUUUCUACCUGAGCAAAAAUUUAUUUCGAAACCCUCACUCUCUUCGAAAUUUUCAAUUUUUGUCUGCGAUUAAUUUCGUCUGCAGAUGGCUGCCGCUACGGUUACUUUCACUCCAAUUACGGCUGCUGUUUUUGCCUCUUCUUCUGAGCGGAGAAUAUCCGUUAGAUUACCGGAAUUUCGACGUCUCAAGAUUAAACCGAGGCCGGCAUCGGUCACUCUGUCGUCCAAAUCGUUGAGUCCGGAUCCGCGUCGGCUCAGUCGAGAUGGACGUUUUGUUUGUGAGGCCCACGAGACUGCUCUUGAUGUGCUUAAUGCCAAGGAUGAUACAUGGCAGUCACUUGUUCUUGAUUGUGAAUUGCCUGUUCUGGUUGAAUUUUGGGCUCCAUGGUGUGGGCCUUGUCGUUUGAUCCUCCCUAUAAUUGACGAACUGGCAAAGCAAUAUGCUGGGAAACUCAAAUGUUACAAAGUUAACACUGAUGAGAGCCCUACCGUUACAAAUCGAUAUGGAAUUCGAAGCAUUCCGACUGUUAUGAUCUUCAAGAAUGGGGAGAAGAAAGAUGCAGUCAUUGGUGCUGUUCCCAAGUCCAUCUUGACAACCUGCAUUGAGAAAUUCUUAUAGGGUGGUAAGAAAAUGUCGUCACUUUUCCUGGAAGUUAAGCACGUUCCAUCGAUAUCUUCUUUUGUUAUCUUCCAAUGGUUCAUGUUAAGAUACCUUAUGUCUGAAAUAAACUCGUCUGCCCCCUGUACAGUUAUGAGAAGAAGCUGUAUUUUCUUUCUCUUUUAGUUAGCGUUAAUUAGUUAUAUGUUUCUUGUUUCAAUAAUUUUUUUUAGUAGCUUGUUUUCAUCUUUAUUUAUUGCUGUGGAAUCUCCAGUUUAUCUUUAAGGUUAGUGAGUAGGAACGGGCCUGUUGGCAUCAUCCUUUUUUAUUGUACAAAAGAGGCCGCAGUUUGGAGAUAAAGAGAAAAUGUUGCAGGUAUUCGGAUUUG